AUGGCGUCUCUGUCCAACCAACCAUCUAAGAAGGGCAUGCAAUCAACCGUGAAAUUUGCCAGGCGCACUUCCAGCGGCCGAUACGUGAGCCUCUCGCGAGAUGACCUAGACGAGUCAGGCGAACUCUCCGGCGAUUACUCCAACUACACCGUCCACAUUCCGGCGACGCCAGACAACCAGCCGAUGGAAACCUCCGUCGCUGCCAAGGCCGAAGAACAGUACGUUUCCAAUUCGUUGUUCACCGGAGGGUUCAAUAGCGUCACGCGUGCCCACCUCAUGGACAAGGUGAUCGAGUCGGAGGUGACUCACCCGCAAAUGGCUGGCGCCAAGGGCUCUGCUUGUGCCAUGCCGGCGUGCGACGGAAAGGCCAUGAGAGACGAGAGAGGCGCUGACAUUAUCCCUUGCGAUUGUCGGUUCAAGAUUUGCCGGGAUUGCUUUCUGGAUGCCCAGAAGGAAACGGGGCUUUGUCCGGGGUGCAAGGAACCCUACAAAUCUGCGGAUUACGACGACGGCGAUGACUUUCAUGAGGUUAAUUCUAGUGGAGCACUUUCGUUGCCGGGGCCGGGUGGUUCGAAAGGAGACCGUCAGAACAUGUCGGUGAUGAAGAGGGGCCAGGGUGGAGAGUUCGACCACAACAAGUGGUUGUUCGAGACCCAAGGAACCUACGGCUAUGGCAAUGCUUAUUGGCCUCAAGAUGACGACGGAGAUGGAAUACACGGCGGUGGAAUGGUGGAAUCAAACGAUAAGCCAUGGAAGCCGCUUAGCAGAGUAUUACCCGUCCCGCAUUCCAUUCUUAGCCCUUACAGGUUGUUGAUUGCGGUACGGCUGGUGGUUUUGGCUUUCUUCUUGACGUGGAGAGUGAAACAUCCAAACGAGGAUGCUAUCUGGCUAUGGUUGAUGUCAAUCGUUUGUGAAAUUUGGUUUGGUUUUUCAUGGAUUCUAGACCAGAUUCCUAAGCUUUGCCCCGUCAAUCGUAGCACAGACCUGCAGGUGCUCCGUGAGAAAUUCGAUAUGCCGUCACCGUCCAAUCCCACCGGCCGCUCCGACCUUCCCGGAGUUGACAUGUUCGUCUCCACCGCCGAUCCCGAGAAAGAGCCCCCUUUGGUUACGGCUAACACCAUCUUAUCCAUCUUGGCCGCUGAUUACCCCGUGGAGAAGCUCGCUUGCUAUAUUUCUGAUGACGGAGGUGCUCUCCUUACCUUCGAGGCCAUGGCGGAGGCCGCCAGCUUUGCCGAUCUCUGGGUCCCAUUCUGUCGGAAGCACGACAUUGAGCCCAGGAACCCAGAGAGCUAUUUCACCACUAAGGGGGAUCCGACCAAGAACAAGUCGCGGUCGGAUUUUGUCAAGGAUCGGAGAAGGGUAAAGAGGGAGUACGACGAGUUUAAGGUUAGGAUAAAUGGGUUGCCGGAUUCUAUCAGGCGGCGGUCGGACGCCUUCAAUGCCAGGGAGGAGAUGAAGAUGUUGAAGCAGAAGAAGGAGAGUGGAGGCGACCCUUUGGAACCCAUCAAGGUCCAAAAGGCAACUUGGAUGGCCGACGGCACCCACUGGCCGGGAACCUGGGCCGUCCCGGCUAGGGACCACUCCAAAGGUGACCAUGCUGGAAUUCUGCAGGUGAUGUUGAAGCCGCCCAGCUGUGAUCCGCUCAUGGGCACCACCACCGACGACAGGAUCCUCGACUUCACCGACGUCGACAUUCGGCUGCCCAUGUUUGUGUACAUGUCUCGAGAGAAGCGACCGGGCUACGAUCACAAUAAGAAAGCCGGCGCCAUGAACGCACUAGUCCGGUGCUCUGCCGUCUUGUCCAAUGGGCCUUUCAUGCUCAACCUGGACUGCGAUCACUACAUCUACAACUGCGAAGCAGUUCGGGAAGGGAUGUGCUUCAUGAUGGACCGAGGCGGCGAAGAUAUCUGCUACAUUCAGUUCCCGCAGAGAUUCGAAGGGAUUGAUCCUUCUGAUCGCUAUGCUAAUCACAACACCGUGUUCUUCGAUGGAAACAUGAGAGCUCUCGAUGGUGUCCAGGGGCCGGUUUAUGUAGGAACUGGGACCAUGUUCAGGCGCUUUGCUCUCUACGGAUUCGAUCCUCCGCAGCCCGACAAGCUCGGCCACCGCCCGGAUUCGGAGACCCAGAACUUGACGGCCAGCGAUUUCGAUCCCGAACUAGACGUCUCUCUCCUCCCCAAGCGAUUCGGCAACUCCACAAUGCUAUCCGAGUCCAUUGCCGUGGCUGAGUUCCAAGGCCGACCACUGGCCGACCACCCCGCCGUCAAGUUCGGCCGCCCUCCCGGGGCUCUGAGGGAGCCACGCGAGCCACUUGACGCUGCAACGGUGGCCGAAGCUGUAUCGGUGAUCUCUUGCUGGUACGAGGACAAGACGGAGUGGGGUGAUCGAGUCGGCUGGAUCUACGGAUCGGUAACCGAAGAUGUGGUCACCGGCUACAGGAUGCACAACCGUGGGUGGCGAUCAGUUUACUGCAUCACCAAGCGGGACGCCUUCCGGGGCUCUGCUCCGAUCAACCUCACCGACCGGCUGCACCAGGUUCUCCGGUGGGCCACUGGGUCCGUUGAAAUUUUCUUUUCCCGGAACAACGCCUUUCUGGCCUCCAAGAAACUGAAGGUUCUACAGCGGCUGGCUUAUCUCAACGUCGGCAUCUACCCCUUCACCUCCAUUUUCCUUGUGGUCUACUGUUUUCUCCCGGCACUCUCCCUCAUCUCCGGCCAAUUCAUCGUCCAAAGCCUCGACGUCCAGUUCCUCAUCUACCUCCUAGUCAUCACCUUGUGCCUCAUCGGCCUCGCCAUUCUAGAGGUCAAGUGGUCCGGUGUUGGGCUGGAGCAAUGGUGGAGAAACGAGCAGUUCUGGCUGAUAUCAGGAACCAGCGCCCACUUGGCAGCUGUUGUUCAAGGACUUCUGAAGGUGAUGGCCGGAAUCGAGAUCUCCUUCACCCUGACCUCAAAAUCCGCCGGAGACGACAACGAUGACAUAUUCGCGGAGCUGUACCUGGUGAAGUGGACGUCCCUGAUGAUUCCCCCGAUAGUGAUAGCGAUGAUGAACAUAAUCGCGAUGGUAGUGGCCUUCUCCAGGACGGUGUACAGCACGGUGCCGCAGUGGAAUAAGUUCAUCGGAGGCGCGUUCUUCAGCUUCUGGGUUCUGGCUCAUCUGUACCCAUUCGCCAAGGGUUUGAUGGGUCGAAGGGGGAAGACGCCGACCAUCGUCUUCGUGUGGGCCGGUCUCAUCGCCAUUACGCUUUCCCUCCUCUGGAUCGCCGUCAACCCACCAAAGCCGUCCACUGACGCCGCCACGGGAGCCUCUAGUUUUACAUUCCCAUGAACAUUAGGAUUAAUUAUAAUUAAUUUCUUCAUCGGAGUUGCUG